CUCCUCUCUUGUUUCCAUUUCCCUUCUUCUUUUUCUUCUCUCUUUUUCACUUUAAGCCAUGGAGAACUACGCCAAAAAAUACGUACUGGGAAAAAUAGGUGACAAGGUGCACAAAAAGCCAAAUUAUCGCGAUGACCCUGUUAUCAGAGACGCUACCAAUGCGGCUAUCCAUUCGCACAAGAGACACUGGUGGCAGAAACAGCCAGAAGCGGAUAUUAUUCUCAGCGAAAAUGAUCGCCACAUCUUACGCACUGUCAAACAACGAGCAUGGGUACUGGAUAAAGGAGUUAACUGUGGUUGUUGCAACGUUGGACUCGAUCCGAUCAUAGGUAUGGUCCCUGUGAUAGGCGAUGUACUCGGAGUGGUGAUGGCGUUACAACUCGUCCGUAUUGCUGCACGGGCGGAUUUACCACGACACAUUCUCUUGCAAAUGAUGACCAACAUUGCCAUGGAUUUUGUGAUUGGACUCACACCGGUGGCCGGCGAUCUCUUGGAUGUUUUCUUCAAAUGCAACUGGCGCAAUGCUGAAUUACUGGAAGAGUACCUAUUCAAUCGUAGACGAGACGAAUUACGAGCAGAGGCCAAUGUAGGCUCCUCGUCAAGUCGGCCGGUUGCACCAUCGGCACCAUCGCCAUCUACCAGUACCCCCAAUGCCGUUCAUCAUGCUGAACCUCACAAAAGUAAGCGAUUAUGGCCUUUUGGUGCGACCCAAAACGAAUACCACACCACUCCUGCCGGCACUACCACCGAUCCUCACACCGUGACAACGACGACGCCCGAUGCAGGAAUGCCUUCCGCGGUGAACAACGAACCGCACUCAACGAACCCACCGGCGGAGAAAAAAUAUGGCACUUUCAGAUCACUCUUUCAAUCCUAGGAUGCACAUAUAUUGUAUUGAUCUGUAUUUCAGAUAUCCCUCCUCUACUUGCUACUUACUCUUUAUAGUCGGAUUACACAUAAAAUAAUAAUUGCUUGUCAACAAGAGUGGGCCCUAUAUCUGUUGGUUUCCGUGGAAAAAACGCAAGUCGUUGGCAGCACGGGAGAUAUAUGUGUUUGUAUAAAUAAAAC